ACUCCCAAUUCUUGCAUCUGUUGCAAAACGAGACGAAAGAAAGUUUUAUACCUCUUAUCUUCUGUCAAUCCUUAAAGCAUUGGAUUAACUAAUCGUCACCCACUUUAGACACAUGCUUACUCAGAUAGUUCGCUGUGACUGAUAUGGUGAGCUUGCCGCGCCUUACUGGCGCACUCCGAGUUUUCUCCAAUGUUUCGGCCAGUGAGGUUCAAGGGGCCGGGGGUAAUGACGAUCUGGCACAGCGCAGACUGCUGUCAGCAGAGAAAGAAAACAAGGGAGGUCACUCCUGGCAAGAUCUGGUGACUUUACUGCAGAAGCGAGGAGAUGUAGAAGCCAAGGAGUCCUCAGCUGUCCUGAAACAACUCAUUGCCUGCGCCAGAUCUAUUGUUGGCGGUGAAGCAUCCUCGGACAUUGUGGAGGGAGCAGCAGCGUACCUGUUUGAAAUUUUCAAAUUUGCAGAGAGCGUGGGUCAGAGAGAGACGACGACUCUGAGGAGCAUCUUCGGCCCAUUCCCAGCCACCGCAGCAACGAAAGCAUGUGAGCUGGUCUCCCGCAUCGUGUCCUGGUUGCCAGGCGACGUCCUCCUGGAGGAUGACUUCCACGGUCGGGAGGAAGCAGAUGGAGCAGCCAUUAUUCAGGAAUUCGGGAAAAAUAUCAAAUUCUUAACUCCAGCACUAGAUAGGGAAGAAGAGUUGUCGAGUUCUGAAUCUGAAGAUGAAGUGGAAGAGAAAAAUGUAGAUUUGAAAUAUAACGCUCCGCCCGUGUCGGAGAAGAAGGCUGCAGAGGGGGGAGCAGGACGGUUGGAGGACAGGUGUGACUCAUCAUGGCUCCUGCAGGAAGUGAGGAAGUACUUCUCAUCGGGGGAAACAGACAUCGGGCUGAGUCUAGAGGACCUGUCCACCACCAUCUUCGAGGUUCUGUGUUCCACCAAGACAGAUGAGGAACUGCAGAAUGAGCUGUUUGAGCUGCUUGGUUUUGACCGUUUUGGGCUGAUUCAAAGUCUGCUGUCGAACCGGAGUCGCCUAAUGAAGACCCUAGUGGCCGACACUAACAGAGCCGCAAUAGCAAAAGUGCAGGCCCAGAGAAAGAAGGAAGUGGACAGACCAACCUAUGGUUGCCAGGUUACAAUACAGUCCGAGGAAGAGAAACAGCUGAUGAAGCAGAUACGUAGGGAGGAGAAGAAACUGUCCAAGCGGGACGGGAAGAAAGUGGAGGAAGAAGGAAAGAAAGCCUUCAACCCCCUGGAGAUGCGCGCCCAGAGGGAGGCGGCGCUGCAGGUGGCCUCCAAUCGUCCCCUGUUCACCAGCAGCAGCAAGGUCUACCAGAGAGAGAAAUACCCAUUCGUGUUCGACUCUUACGAGGAGGCGAGACAGUCAUCAGCAUACGUGGGGGGGAGCAGCAUGGUGUUGCCCCAAGGGUUCAAUCGUACGGACAACAAGGAGUACGAGGAGGUGUCCGUCCCCCCCAACGACCCCGCCCCUAUCGAUGUGGGGCAGAGGCUCAUUCCUAUUGAUGAGUUGGAUGAGAUUGGUCAGCUGGCGUUCCGCGGAAUGAAGAGCUUGAACCGCAUCCAGUCUGUGGUGUUUGAAGCUGCCUACAAGACCAAUGAGAACCUGCUGAUCUGUGCCCCAACUGGCGCCGGUAAAACCAACAUCGCCAUGUUGACCAUCCUGCACGAGCUGAAUCAGCACUUGUCCCAGGGCGUCAUCAAGAAAGACGAGUUCAAGAUUGUGUAUGUUGCUCCCAUGAAAGCUCUGGCGGCAGAAAUGGUUCGGAACUUCGGUGGACGUCUGGAGCCACUAGGUAUUGCAGUACGGGAACUGACCGGGGACAUGUCCCUCACAAAGGCUGAGAUCCUGAAAACACAGAUGCUGGUGACGACCCCCGAGAAGUGGGAUGUGGUGACGAGGAAGAGUACAGGUGACGUGGCCCUGGCUCAGCUGGUGAAACUGCUCAUCAUCGACGAGGUCCAUCUGCUCCAUGACGACCGGGGGCCCGUCAUCGAGAGUCUCGUGGCCAGGACUAUAAGACAGGUGGAGAGUACUCAGAGUAUGAUCCGUAUUGUGGGUCUCUCGGCAACGCUGCCCAACUACAUCGACGUGGCCAGGUUCCUCAACGUCAACCCCUACCUCGGACUGUUCUUCUUUGAUGGAAGGUUCAGACCUGUGCCCCUCGGCCAGACCUUCAUAGGUGUGAAGGCCACGAACCGGGUGCAGCAGAUGAUGGAGUUUAACAACGUCUGCUACGACAAGGUGGUGGCACAGAUCAAGGCCGGCUACCAGGUGAUGGUGUUCGUCCACGCCCGUAAUGAGACAGUGAGGACGGCCAUGAUGUUGCGGGACUACUCCAAGAACCGAGGUCACUCCCAGCUGUUCCUUGCUGACCAGGGUCGCAGCUACGGCGAGGCUCAGAAGAAUUUGCUGAGGUCCAGGAACAAGCAGCUGAAGGACCUGUUCCCGGACGGCUUCAGCAUGCAUCAUGCCGGGAUGCUGCGCCAGGACCGGAACCUGGUCGAGCGGUACUUCAGCGAUGGCCACAUCAAGGUGUUGGUGUGUACGGCCACCCUGGCGUGGGGGGUCAAUCUGCCCGCCCACGCUGUCAUCAUCAAGGGCACGCAACUGUACGAUGCGAAGCGAGGCUCCUUCGUAGACUUAGGAAUCCUGGACGUGAUGCAGAUCUUCGGUCGCGCUGGUCGACCCCAGUUUGACAAGUUCGGUCAUGGCACAAUCAUCACAACCCAUGACAAGCUGAGCCACUAUCUGUCCCUGAUGACCAGACAGAACCCCAUCGAGAGCCAGUUCAUCAACAGUCUCACAGACAAUCUCAAUGCUGAGGUUGCGCUGGGCACGGUGACCAACAUGGAGGAGGCAGUCAAAUGGCUGAGCUACACGUACCUGUACGUCCGGAUGAGGAUCAACCCCCUGGCUUACGGCAUCCCGUACGGCGUCGUCCAGGACGAUCCGAGCUUGGAGGUCCACCGGUGUGACCUCAUCACGGAAGCUGGACGCAAGUUGGACAAAGCCAUGAUGGUCAGAUUCGACGAGAGGACCUCCUACUUCUCCUCCACAGACUUUGGCCGCAUUGCCAGCCACUUCUACAUCAAGUACGACACCAUGGAGACAAUCAACGAGUUCUUCAAGCCCCAUAUGGCGGAACCGGAUGUGUUUAACGUCUUGGCCAAGUCGCAGGAGUUCCAACAAAUCAAGGUCCGUGAGGACGAGAUGGAUGAGCUGGACAACCUGAUGUUCGAUGCGUGCGAGUUGCCCGUGGCAGGGGGAAAGGAAAACCCAAACGGGAAAGUGAACAUCUUGCUUCAGGCGUACGUCUCGCGGCAUGGACUCGAGUCCUUCUCCCUCAUCUCCGACAUGUCCUACGUAGCUCAGAACGCCUCCAGGAUCAUGCGCGCCCUGUUUGAGAUGGCGCUAAAGAAGGGUUGGCCAAUAAUGGCAAGUCGGCUGUUGUCGCUGAGCAAGGUGGUGGACAAGAGGUUGUGGGCUCACGAACACCCACUGCGACAGUUCCCCAUCCUCUCGCAGGAGAUCCUCAACAAGAUCGAGGCCAGGAACCUCUACAUAGACCGACUGAAAGACAUGGACGCCAAGGAGAUCGGUCACAUCGUCCACCACAUCAGGAUGGGCGUCAUCAUCAAGAGGUGCGUCAACCAGAUUCCCGCACUCAUCCUGGACGCCAGCAUCCAGCCCAUCACACGCACUGUUCUCCGAGUGAGGCUCACCAUCACUGCGGACUUCAGCUGGGAUGAUAAGGUUCACGGCAGUGCGACGGAGCCGUUCUGGGUGUGGGUGGAGGACCCAGACAACAACCACAUCUACCACUCAGACUAUUUCCUGCUCCACAAGAAACAUGUGGUGAAGGACGAGCCCCAGAGCUUGGUGUUCACCAUCCCCAUCUUCGAGCCGCUGCCCACCCAGUACUAUGUGAAGGCUGUGUCGGACCGGUGGCUGGGGUCGGAGGCCGUCUUUCCAAUCUCCUUCCAACAUCUCAUCCUGCCGGAGAGACAUCCCCCUCACACAGAGCUUCUUGACCUUCAGCCAUUGCCAAUAUCUGCCCUGAAGAACCCUCAGUACGAGGCGCUGUAUCGCUUCACCCACUUCAACCCCAUUCAGACCCAGAUCUUCCACACCCUGUACCACAGUGACUGCAAUGUGCUGCUUGGUGCGCCCACCGGGUCCGGCAAGACGGUCGCCGCCGAGAUGGCAAUAUUUAGGAUAUUCAACCAGUACCCCAAACACAAGGCGGUGUACAUCGCGCCGCUGAAGGCGUUGGUCCGGGAGAGGAUGGAGGACUGGAAGGUCCGGAUAGAACAGAAGCUGGGGAAGAAAGUGGUGGAACUGACAGGGGACGUCACCCCUGACAUGCGAGCUGUUGCCAAUGCUGACCUGAUAGUGACAACUCCUGAGAAGUGGGAUGGUGUCAGUCGGUCAUGGCAGACUCGUAGCUACGUCAAGUCUGUUGCCCUGCUGGUCAUAGACGAAAUCCACCUGCUGGGUGAUGAUCGAGGUCCUGUUCUGGAGGUCAUUGUUUCCCGAACAAACUUCAUCUCCAGCACCACCAUGACCAAGGUCAGGGUCGUUGGGCUCUCCACGGCUCUGGCCAACGCUCGUGACCUCGCUGACUGGUUAGCUAUUAGACAGAUGGGUCUGUUCAACUUCCGUCCAUCUGUCCGCCCCGUCCCGCUGGAGGUUCACAUCAAUGGUUUCCCAGGGCAACACUACUGUCCCCGCAUGGCAACCAUGAACAAACCCACAUUCCAGGCUGUGAAGACCCAUUCCCCAGAGAAGCCAGUAUUGGUGUUUGUGUCGUCCCGGCGACAGACGCGGCUCACUGCCCUCGACCUCAUCGCCUUCCUUGCCGCCGAGGAUAACCCCAAGCAGUGGCUGCGCAUGGCCGAAAUGGAGAUGGAGAACAUCAUCAGUGGAAUCAAGGACACCAACUUGAAGCUGACGUUGGCAUUCGGCAUUGGCAUCCAUCAUGCUGGGCUGGUGGAGAGAGAUCGCAAGAUCUGCGAGGAGCUCUUCGUCAACCAGAGAAUACAGGUACUCAUUGCAACCAGUACUCUCGCCUGGGGAGUCAACUUCCCCGCUCAUCUUGUGGUUGUCAAGGGAACCGAGUACUUUGAUGGGAAGACCAGGAGAUAUGUCGACUUCCCCAUCACAGACGUACUACAGAUGAUGGGGCGGGCCGGCCGGCCGCAGUUCGAUGACCAGGGCAAGGCGGUCAUCUUGGUUCAUGACAUCAAGAAACAUUUCUACAAGAAGUUCCUCUAUGAACCGUUCCCUGUUGAAUCCAAUUUACUGGAAGUACUACCUGACCAUCUAAAUGCUGAGGUUGUUGCCGGGACGAUUGCAUCCAAACAGGACGCCAUGGACUACAUCACUUGGACAUACUUCUUCAGGAGGCUGGUGAUGAACCCGAGUUACUACAAAUUGGACAACACAGAGCAGGACAUCAUUAACAAGUAUCUGUCUGGCUUGGUAGAGAAGGCACUGAUAGAACUCGAGGGUUCUUACUGUCUGCAAGUUGGUGAGGACAACCGCAGCAUCACGCCGCUGACCCUCGGCCGCAUCUCCUCCUACUACUACCUCAACCACAACACCGUGCGCAUGUUCUGUAACGAACUCAAGGCUGAGUCGACACUGCCAGAACUCUUGGACAUCUUGUCUAAUGCCCACGAGUAUGCGGAGCUCCCAGUCCGCCACAAUGAGGACCAGAUCAACAGCGACCUGGCCCAGAAGGUCCCCCUGGCGGUGAACCCCCACUCGUACGACUCCGCCCACACCAAGACCCACAUCCUGCUGCAGGCUCACUUCUCCCAGAUGCAGCUGCCGUCCACCGACUACUACACCGACACCAAGUCUGUCCUGGACCAGGCUAUCAGGAUCCUCCAGGCCAUGCUGGAUGUGUCAGCGGACCAGGGAUGGUUGGCGACGUCACUGCGGGUGAUUCAACUGAUCCAGAUGGUGGUGCAAGGUCGAUGGCUGGAGGACUCGACCCUCCUCACCCUCCCUAACGUCAUGCCCUACCACGUGUACUGCUUCAGGCCCCGAGGUGGAGGCGCCAGGCAGAAAGGUUUCCCAGAGCUGCGAGGACCAAUCGAAACUCUCCCAGAGCUUGUGGCGGUGUGUGAGGGGAAGUUUGAGGCCCUGGCUGCCAUGUUGAAUGGUGAAAUGAACCAGACAGAGAUCGAUCAGGUGUACCUCGUAUUGAGUCGUCUGCCACAAAUCCAGGUCUCUAUCAAGGUCAAGGGAUUCUGGGAAGGGUCACAAGGGAAGGAGCAGGAGAGAAUGGUCAAUCUGUCCAACACAGGUGGGCGGCAGCGAGACGCAGACUGGAUCAAGGUCCAUGCUGACCAGGAGUAUGUGCUGCAGGUCGACCUGGCCCGAGUUAACAAGACCCGGAAAUACGACACUAAGGCCCACAGUCCACGGUUCCCGAAGCCGAAGGACGAAGGCUGGAUGCUGGUUGUGGGCGAGGUGGAGGCCAAGGAACUCAUCGCCCUCAAGCGGAUGGGGUACGUGCGGAGUCGCUCCAAGGCCCAGCUCGCUCUGUACACCCCGGAGACGGUGGGGCGCGUCAUCUACACCCUCUACCUGAUGAGUGACGCCUACCUUGGUCUUGACCAGCAAUACGACAUCUGUCUGGACGUUGUACCAUCCAGCAUCGAGACACAGGUCAACACGGAGCUCAAGGAGGAACUAGAUGGUCUUGAUUUUGAUAGCUGAAAAUACCUGGUAUGAUAGGAUGAACAUGAAGUUGGCUUCAGGAGAAAGAGUGUGCGACAAUGUUGAAUGGACUUGAAUGUUGCAGGGAAACUGAUGUGUAUUCUGUGAACAUUCCACUCCAUUUCUCGGGAGGCUGUAUGUCUGGUUGAGUGAGUCCUGCAGGCCUGCAAGUCACUACGUGUGUGACAGAGAUAUUGUAGUGAGUUGUACACCUCUGAUUCAGCCAAGUUCAGUCAGGUCAUGUUGUGUUGUGUGUGGGGGGGUUGAGGGAACAUGUUUACUCUGGCUGGGGCGACCUGAUGCAUGCUGGGGCGACCUGAUGCUGGGGCGACCUGAUGCUGGGUCGACCUGAUGCUGGGUCGACCUGAUGCUGGGGUGACCUGAUGCUGGGGCGACCUGAUGCUGGGGUGACCUGAUGCUGGGUCGACCUGAUGCUGGGGUGACCUGAUGCUGGGUCGACCUGAUGCUGGGGUGACCUGAUGCUGGGGCAUCAAUGUAUCACAUCCCAUGUAUCUAAUUUUAUUUUGAGGAUUCUUUGAAUACUAUUUGAUAAGCCAAAAUAACUAAUGAUUUAAACAAAAACUGGGUGAUAACGACUUUUAUCAACCAGUUCCUUGUGGAAAAUGGGAGACUUAAGCAUAAAUUGUGCAAAUAAAUAUUGUUAUAGUAUCAUUUCUAGAAUCUUAUUGUGAGGUAGGUGUAUCAUGGGAGGAUAGAUACUCUGCAUCUCAGGUGUUCAUAUGGUUAUGUAAGACGUCCUGUGUUGUCGUAAAUAUUCACAGGGGGAGAUGAGUUGUGUGAUUUAUUGAGAAAAUGUGACUGAAUCUGACAAUAUUGGGGCAUAUACGGAGGCGUAUACAUGUCCAUCAUCUCACUGGGGUAUUGUGCUGCUGAAUCUCGGAUCUAUACAAGGCUUAAGAAAAUAAAAGAAUCAAUGACUUUUGAAAAUAUAGUGUGGGCGGGCGGAUGGGUGGGCGUUUUUUUGGUUUUUUUCGCUUGUUCAAACUAGUAUGUAACCAAAUAAACAGUUGUGUACCAUCAACCUGGGAAAGAGCCUCCCAACAUAAACAAACAUACAAACUCCUAUGGCCGCCAUGACCAGUAAAGCAGUUUACAUGUAAAGGGAAGUAACUGUGUGCUAUAUUAGAUCGCAUUGUGUUUAAGUAUUAGGAUUUUUUUUAAAUUGAAAUAAAAACAAAUCAUGCGGCGGACUUCAUGUGGGUGUGGGCUGUGCCUGAGAAGCAAGACUAUUAUUUUUUUAGCCCAAUGUCCAUAGUUCAAAUCCCAUGAGGUGUGUGAGAAAUGCUCUGGCCGUAGUACAUCAUGAUAUUUGAUGUCUGAUUUCACAAUUGUCAUCAUGUAUUAUGUAACAUUUUUCUAGAUGUUAUGAUGUGAUUUCAAGAUUGAAAUGCAAAGUGUUAACCCAGAUAUGGGAACAUACAGAACGAAAGUGUGAAAUCAGUCAAUGCUCACACAAAAUCAAUGACCAAUAAACAAGUUACAUGGAAACACCCAACUUUAGGUUUACAAUUCACAAGGUGAUACAAGAGGCAGGAGCAAUGGGGGACAGGCCCUAGAAUUAAUGUCAGUGCACUCACAGAUUAUCAGAAUAUUGUCACCAGACCCUACGACAGCCAUGCCCGUUUGAGGGGCACAAGAGCCUAAAGUAACGUUUACAAAUUUGGUUAGAUCCACAAUCUGCUGAUUUACCAAGGAUCAUAAUAAUAGGUAAUGAGAUUUAAACAAUAGGAUCCUGCAUGCCCAAGGGAUGCAACUCUGCAUAUUGUCAUGUCACUAUAUCAUAGGGUAGCACAAUACAUGUUGUAUCUUGGGAAUGACAUAGUGCUAUUGCCACCCUCGAUAUCAUUGUAGCCCUAACGUGGUGACAAUAGAUAUUCUAGGAUAUCACAUCGAGAAACCCAGAGAUUCAAUGAUUCAACUGUUAGAAUAUAUAUGAUCAGUGAUUCAACUGUUUGAGUGUACAUGAUCAGUGAUUCAACAAUUCAAUGUUUGAGUGUAAAUAAUGAGUCUAUGGUUAGCAUGUGAUUGAGAGCUGUAAAAAUGUUUCAUAAAUGUACAUUUUGUAAAACAUGCAAUAAAAUGUAUUUAAAAAGAAA